AUGUCGGAACUUCAGCGCGAACAUGACGACGUUGAGUCGGCCCCAUUCUUAGAUGACGAAGUCAAGGAGAUGUAUUCGUCGACAAACGAGACGAGGGAAAAGAACCUCUUACCGUCUCAAUCCAUCUUCAGCGAAGUUUCAACAAAGCUUGUCACUUUUCAACCCGACGAGAGCUACAAUGACGAUCCGCUGGGGCCAGAUGGGCUGUUAAGUCCAUGGAGCAAGCUGUCACCACCGGGCAAAGGACAUGUCCGAGUCGACGACCCAUCGGCAUGGAAACUUUCGGGCGGCUACCCCCUGAACGACCCGGCCCAUUCUGCCGCAGAGGAGUACACGGUGUCCGUGUUCCACCAGGUGCACUGCUUGGCAGCAAUCAAAUCGAAGGUGUCGAAAUUGCAAGACUGGUACCACGGAGAGAACGACAAGGAAUAUCUUGCCUUUGCACUCAGCCAAGAGCACAUGCGAGACGAUCACAUCUACCACUGCAUCGACUACAUCCGUCAAGCGAUCGUGUGCUGCGGUGAUACGACGCUGGAAAAAUCCAGGACGGUUGAUGGCAAGAUUGUGCAGGGGGUGGAUGGUUGGGGGGUUGAGCAUCAGUGUCGAGACUUUAAGGCUAUUUUUGCGUAUGGUGAGGCCCAUCGGACUAAUAAUGACACGGGGAUUGACUGA